CCGCGGGCCAAUUACCCGAGUGAGGAGGGCCUUGCGGCCGACUUCGGGAAACAGUUUGCGCGUGAACCAAUACAAAGUCCAAGGACAGCGACCGACAACGAGCCAACUGCAGGGCUCUGGGAGACUGAGAGCGGUUCCGGAGAGGCUAAGGCGAGGGCUAAGCCUGACCAAGUGACAAAGCGCAAGAAAGAUUGUGGGCGGAAGUGCCUGCCGGUUAAGCUGUUGGGCGCCGGAAGAGGCCGGACCUAAGAUGGCGGCGCCCACAGGUGCCGGGAGGAGCCGCUCAUGUCGGGGAACGGAGCUGUGUGGGGUCGCGUGCGAAGCCGCCUCCGCGCCUUUCCCGAGUGUCUAGCUGCCUGUGAGGCCGAGGCCGCGGCCUACGGCAGGUGCGUGCAGGCGUCCACGGCCCCGGGCGGCUGCUUGAAGAAGGAUCUGUGCGCGCAGGAGUUCGAGGCUUUGCGGAGCUGCUUCGCUGCUGCGGUGCUUCAAGGGGGCACAGCCCCACACCAGCCGGCGCGACCCCCGCCGCCACGGAGGCUGCCUGUAAUGAGGCUGGCACAAGGUUUUGAGCUGGUGCCCAAGAUGUCAAGGUCCUGGGUUCCCUCGACUCGCAAUCAUUGUGGCUGGGAUAUGCGGCUCGCCCUUGUCACCAAUCUCCAAUCUGACAUGUUUCAUCCAAGAUGCACGUGUCGCUUGGACUUGCUUCCUGGCUCUCGGCAGCUUCCGUGCUUUACUCAGAGCACUCCCUCCGGGAGGCCAAGAAGACCCUGACAGGAGGCCAUUAGGAAAGACUACAAGCUCCAAUGCACGUCCCUGGGUGCCUGGCACUGAUGGCCUCAAGGGGCAAGCGUCUAAAACCUUAAAAGCUCUUGGGGCUAAAAGGACUGGAAACACAUUAGGUAUGCAUGAGCAGGAGAAUGGGUUUUCCAGCCUUGCACACCUAAGGAUUUGGGGACAAUAAGACGCAAUGAACCCACAAUAAAGAUCAGAUCAGAUACUGUAA